CUAAGUCUAAAAUGGUAUAUUAUUUCGUGUCUCGACCCGGUGAAACCCAUUUUUUUACCCGUCUCCAAAUCAUCGCAAUAAAUCCUAAACACAUCAAACCCCGGGCGCCCAAAUUCCAGUUCCCAACGACGACGGUAACCAUAAACGGCGGCGAGGUUGCGAGGUUGCGAGGUUGUUGUGUAGUGUCAAUACUAUAAUCCAAAGAGCAUUAGCGGGAGAGACAAUCUUUGAAGAUGGCGUGGAAGCAAUUACUCUUCGCCAAAACCACAAUGUCUACACCUUACACAACCCCAGCUUUUGCUAGAUUCUUCUCAAAAUCCUUUCCUUAUGAGGUGAAAGUUGGAAUACCAGAAUUUUUGAAUGGGAUUGGUAAAGGGGUUGAAACCCAUGUGGGUAAGCUUGAAUCCGAGAUUGGUGACUUCCAGAAGCUUCUUGUUACUCGUACUCUUAAACUCAAGAAACUUGGGGUCCCUUGCAAACAUAGGAAGCUGAUACUGAAAUACACCCACAAGUAUCGACUAGGACUGUGGAGGCCUCGAGCGGAACCUGUGAAAUCAUAAUUGCUUUGUGCUAGCUGGAUGUAGAAGGUAUCACAGCUGAACAUUUCACUUGCGGAACUUUGUUAGUCAAGAGUCUCAAUUGUUGAACAGUUUUACAUAUUUCCUAUUCUAGUUUAGAGUCUUGGUUUCUCACUAUUUAUGUCUUUACCUUCAUUUCAAAUUUCAUCAAUGAGAUUUUGUAUUUAACUGCAUAAGUAUACCGAGUCAAGCUCGGUGGUGUUUCCAUUGGGAUGUUUUGAUAUCAGGUUCAUAGUUACAAUCCAAUCAUAUAGAUCUUUGUCU